GCUCUGAUGGAUUUUCUCUGGGUUCUGUCAUGGCUGGGGAUAGUUUUACUUACUGGAUUUUUGCUGCUGGCAGUAUGGGCGGUCUAUUAUCACAUCUCCCAGACGGAAAUCCCUCCCGGGAUCUCUCAGCCAUUACAGCUGAGAUUCUUACACUGCUUGUUGAUCAUGGCUUUUGCUCUGGCUCACAUCUUGAAGAAACUGCACAUCUGCACUGACUAUAAGCUUCUGAGGUUCUUCAUGGAUGGAAUCCCACCCCUAAAGGAUCCCCAACUCUCCAUUAAAAAUCUGAGCUUUGACGGCAUACCAGUUAGGAUGUACCAGCCGAGGGGUUCGUGUGAUGGAGGAUGGAGAGGAAUUAUUUACUUUCAUGGUGGGAUUGGCCUGUACGGAAGCAUUGAUGCUUAUGAAAGAAUGUGCCGUGCCAUUGCCAAGGAGAGCAAUUCCCUUCUGGUGUCUGUUGGGUAUCGUUUGGCCCCUGAGCAUCCCUAUCCAGCCCAGUUCGAGGACUGUCUUACUGCUGCAACAUAUUUCAUGAAGAAUGUCAGAAAGUAUGGUGUCAAUCCUGCCUUGAUCAUUGUCAGUGGGGACAGCAGUGGAGGAACAAUAGCCGCUAGUGUUUGUCAACACCUGGUGACUAAACCAGACCUCCCCAAAGUACGGGCUCAGAUUCUGAUCUACCCUUAUCUCCAAGCUGUGGAUUUCAAUUUGCCUUCCUAUCAAAGGAAUAGUCAUGUUCCCAUUUUUUACCAGGAACAAGUUGUGGAAUUUGGCAUUCAGUAUCUUCAGAAGGAUAUGUCCUUAGUGAAGGAGAUUUUAGGAGGUUUUCACAUUCCUCAAGAGAUUAAACUAAAGUAUCGUAAAUGGCUGGGGUCAGAAAAUCUCCCUAAAGAAUUUCAGUUGGAGAGGUAUAGGCUUCCACAGCCCUCAUCUGAUUCCACCCGUGGUUAUGAAGAAAUCAAAAUGAUUUUUGAGACAAUAUUAUCCCCACUUUUAGCAGAAGAUGCUGUUGUUCAACAACUCCCCGAAACUUAUAUUUUAACAUGUGAGUAUGAUGUAUUUUUGGAUGAUGGAAUUAUGUAUAAGAAACGAUUAGAGGACAAUGGUGUUCCUGUAACAUGGUACCAACUUCAAGACGGAUUCCAUGGAGUUUUGAUCUUUCUCAAUAACUUUAUUUUCUCAUUCUCUGGUAGUCAGAAAGGACUAAACAGUAUAGUAAACUUUAUCAAAAGUUUAUAGCUCCAGAUAUGGAUAUUCACACGGGUUAUCGUCUUUCUCACAGCUGUUAGUCCUUGAUACAUAUACAGAUGAUUUACUAUCAGGGAUGACUCCAUUGAAUGAUCUGAAUGUAAACAAGAGCACGGAACAAUGGCUAUGAAUGAGUAAGGCAUGAUGAUUUUGUGUACAAAUCUUUGAAAGGCUUCAGUUUAUGAAUU